CUGGGAGGGCAAGUGAGCUCAGCUCCAGGUUACUUAUACACCACUUGUCAUUCAGAGCAGUCACUCAGCUGCCGGUUGCAGAUUUAUGAGGGAGAGAACAGGCUGAUGGAAAAUAGAAGAAAGAUGAGGGUCAGGCUUCUACAUACGGUAAUAUUCUCUGCUGUGUUGGCUUUUUGUUUGGAGAAAGCAGAUGCUGAGGUUACCGUGAAACCUUCUGAAGCAAAUGUCACCAUUGAUGGUGGUGGCACUAACUUUCCCCCCGUGGAACUCACUGAAGACAACACUGACUUGAAAGAAGAUGUUUCUAAUACGUCAACCUCAACUAAAACGUUUAACUUGACACAAAGCCCUUUCAAUCUUUCUAAAGAGUUCACCCUCGAUGAUGCGCAGAACCCAACAGUCAUUGGUGCCACCGCAAACACCAAUUUAAACAUGAGCCUAACGGAUGGAAUUGAGUUUCUGAAGGAAAAUCUCAGCACUAUAGAAGGGAAUACUCCUGAGAGCCAAGAGAAAGGCAAUGUAUUCUGUGUAUUGUUCUACAAGAUAUGGAAUCACGGCAAGUUGGAAAACGCCUCCACGGAUUAUUUUACUCAACACGGGGAAGAAGAUUAUGAAGCCAGGAAGGAUUUUGGAGCUCACAGACUGCUGGCCAUGUUUCUGGGCAUGGCGGGGGUGCUGGCCUGCUUGUUAAUACUCAUCUACUGCAUCUAUAAUCGGCAGCAUAAGGAGGAAAUGUUUUCCCACCGCAGACUUUAUGGAGAAGGUUUUGAAGACCCAGUUCUGCAUCUCGACACCCCGAUGGAUCACUACGACUUCUUCUCUUUCAAAGAGUCGGACACAACGACACCCGCCCUUACUGGGCAGAACACUGACGAGCAGAAGAACCCCAGUUACACUGACAAAGGGGACUACAGGGUAGAUGUACCAAAAGGCACCUCCUCCAAUGAGCACUUGAGGCAAAUGUUUCAUAUGGGGCCCCUUAAGCUUAUGUAGGUCCCUCUCCUUUGGCUUUUAAAAGCUUUUUGCUGAAAUUUUAUGCUGCUUAGAGAUGAGAUAAGAAAUCUGCUUACAUUUGCUUAUAUUUAGGAUAAAAGCCAUACGAACCCAUCAGCUUGUUACCCACACACACAAUAUUUAGGCACUGUGCUACCUUAUCUACCUGCCUCUAGAAAGCUCCAUUCCACAAUUUCCAUUCCUACAUAAGAACUCCUGGACUGCAUUUGCCCUUUAAUCAUUGUAGCCUCUCUCUCCCCUGGGUGCUACAGUGCCAGUGCCUUACAGUAAUGGGGCAUUAUGUGAGAAGGCUUUGUAGGUUAAGGCUUGGAAUUUAAUUCUGUAAUAGACAGGCAGCAGACAUUUGCGGAUAGAUGGGGUGCUAGAUGAUAGAUGAGGUGCUAGAUAAUACAUGGAGCAACAUGCUGAAGACAUGGGGACACUGCAACAAUCUCUAUACGUGAACUUUGUUGGUAUUAAAGGCAUGAAAGGGGCACAUUCUGGCAAUAUUUUGUUAAGGGGUCUGCAAGGUUUUGAAAUACAUAUGUAGGGGCAGAAUUAAAAACCAGUCUCAGAUAUUACAUUGUGUUCUACAAUGGGGGUGUGGAUUUUAUGUUGUUGGGGGAAAUGGAAUUUUAUUUGUGCAUUUAUUGUAAAGCACUUGCUGGUGCUAUAUAAUUUAUUAUCCUAUAAAUAACAUGAAAGCCCUAUACUGCCACAAAUUUAACAAUGUUUGUCUGCAGCUUAUUAUUGUGAUUAAGGUGGGAGCUCAUAAGAAAAUAAUUUAACUCCUCGUAUAUAAUAACAGAAUAUUUCUUAUAGAAAGAGCCACACCUAGGCAUAAUAAUCAGGCAUUGGUUACACAAAGGGGCUGAUUUACUAACCCAUGAAUCCGACCCGAAUUGGAAAAGUUCCGACUUGAAAACGAACAUUU